GAUCGCCCCUGCCACCUAUAUAAACGCACGCACCAGCAGCCUGCUGUGCACUCAUCGCCCGCCACGCUGCCUUGCCUCUCUCGUCGUCGUCGAGUCAUCGAUCGAUCGCCAUCACCAUGUCGAGCCUCACCACGGCCGGCAGCAGCAUGGAGGAGCAGUACUACUCCGUGUCCGUGUCCGUGUCCAUGUCCCCGGAGGAGGUCGGCACGCACCUGUCCCUGGGGAUCGGCAGCGGCGGCGGCGGCGGAGAAGCUCGGAGCCUGCGGCUAGCGCCGCCGCCGCCGACGCGGACGGUGCAGCUGUUCGGCGAGGUUCUGUCGGUGCAGGACGAUGAUCGUGACGGUGACGAAGCGCAAGCACUUCAUCACCACCAACGGGGCCGGCCGACGGCAGCAAGCAGGAAGAAGAAGAGAGACGCAGCCGCCGCAGGUGGUGGCACCGCCGCCGCUGCUGAUAGUCAUCAGAGCAAGAAGGCCAAGUCGACGUGCGGCGAUGACGGCGGCGGCGGCAGGAAGAAGCUCCGGCUCACCGCCGCGCAGGCCACCAUGCUCGAGGACAGCUUCCGCGCCCACAACAUCCUCUCUCACGGGGAGAAGCAGGAGCUGUCGCGGCGUGUGGGGCUGAGCGCGCGGCAGGUGGAGGUGUGGUUCCAGAACCGGAGGGCCAGGACCAAGCUCAAGCAGACGGAGGUCGACUGCGACCUGCUCCGCCGCUGGUGCGACCGCCUCACCGACGACAACGCCCGCCUCAGGCGAGACCUCGCCGACCUCCGCCGGGCGGCGGCGUCCACGAGCCUCGGCGCCGGCGCCGCCGUCUGCGCCUCAUGCGGAGGCGGCACCGACGACAAGCGGCAGCCCGCCGGCGCCGCCGCCGCCGGCGGCAACAUGCUGGCGUAGUAGUAAUAACGUUCAGUUGACUCACCAUGUCACCUGACCUGAGGACCAUUCGCCCAUGGAAAUCCAGAGGCCCAAAUUUCCAUUUUUCGUCUUCUUUAUUUACCCCCCUUUAAUUGAUUUUCUGUGUACAUAUAAAUUGGGGCAGCUAGGUACUAGUGACGGCCAUGCUACGUCCAGUUGGUUAUUAGAUACAUGCAUAUAUAAGGGUAAUUACUAGUUUACUACUGCAACACGAGCUUAUUAACUCGUUCGAAAAUACCAUAUACUUUUAGGAGAGGAUUCA